CUUGGGGCCGAUCAGAUCUUGGAGGCCGAGGUGAUGCUUGCCGACGGCCGCGUCGUCUUUGUCAAUGCCUGCCAGCACGCCGACUUGUAUCGGGCCCUGCGCGGUGGCGGCCCGGGGUACAGCGUCGUGCUGGGAAUGACCAUCAAGGCACAUCCCAAUGUUGGCGCCGUCGUCGUCAACAAGCUGACGUUGGCCCCGAAACAGAAACCGGAAACAAACUCGGAUCUCCUCGAUGCCAUCGCCGUCUUGAUUCAGUCGUACCCGGGUCUCAACGACGCCGGGUUCGCAGGAUACAGGCAUUGGCACAAGCUCAAAGUCGAGGAGAAAUACGUCACGUACAACGACUACUGGAGCUUCUACGACACGGAGCUAGGCCUAUACAAUCCAGAGGGCAACACGUAUAUCAUGACGUCCCGCAUGCUCGACCGGGGCUCGGUCAAAGACUUUGCCCGCGUGCGAGAGUCCACCGAGGUGGUGAGCGGUCAACCAGACGAGUACGCCGCCCAUGUCGUUCUGCUCGUCUCCGGCGGACAGGUCUACCAGGACGGCCGGGACAAGAACUCUGGCCUGCACCCGGCGUGGCGCACGUCGCCCGUCGUCAUUGCCACGUAUCGAGUCCCCGAAAAGACCAUAACCAACGCGCAGCGGCAAGCGGCCAACCACGACAUGACGUUCGUCAAGGGCGCGGCCGGCAAGAAGCUGGCGCCCAACACCGGCAGCUACAUGAACGAGGGUGACGUGAACGAUCCGGACUUCCAAGACACAUUCUACGGCGCCAACUAUGCGAGCCACUUGGCAACAAAGCACAAGUACGAUCCGUGGGGUGUCUUUUACUGCCCUUCUUGCGUGGGUUCCGAGGCUUUUGUGAACCGGCCUGAUGGGCCGCUGUGCAGGGUCAGCUAUGCGGACUUGGGUGGCCCUAAACGUGCAAGUGGUAGGGAAGGCUACUUAAAUGCUGGGACAGAAGGGGUAAAAGCAAGUAAAAGAGGACAGAAAGUACAUAGCUAGCAGUAUAGAGGUUAACAAUAUAUAUAAAAUAAGGAA